AUGGACAGCAAAGAAAAAAUCUUGGCAGAUCGGAAGGAUCGAUUAUUAGCUAAGCUAGAACAGAGAAAUGAAGAAAGAAAAGUCUUGAAUGAAGAAAGUGUGUCAAAAACGGAUGGUGAUGAUGUAGAUCAACUGAUGGGGGAUAUUGAAAAAGAUUUGAAAUCGAAGACAGUCGAUUCAACGAAGAUUGAUCGUUUACAAGAAUAUCUCGCUUUUUCAACGAAUAAUCGUCAAUCGAAGGCUAUCCAGAACCUUCUCGAAGACGUGCGAAAGCAUAAACUAUCCCAAAAUUCAGGCCCGAAAUUUAAAGGUUUUUCUUUUUCGAAAACACCAAAUACAACCAGUUCGUCAAAAUCUUCAGUAGAAGUGACGAAGCCGGUUGAAGUUGCUGCUAUAUUGAAUGCUCCAUCUGCUUCCGAAAAUGUUAUCGAAGACUUGAAAGACGAAAAACGAAAUAUUUCCGGUGAAAAGGGAGAAGACAUCAGUUUGAAAAACAUUGAAAACUGCCGUCUACAGUUCGAUUUCGAACCUUCUAUCGUUCAUAUUCGAAAUAUAAAAAAUAGUACAUUGAUCUUCUUACGAUGUGAUAGAUCUCUUCUCAUUCAUGACUGUGAUAAUGUUCAUAUUUAUGUCGCCGCUCAGCAAGUCCGAAUUCACACAUCUCAAAACUUACAUUUGCACGUUGCAACUCGCGGAGCGGUAAUUCUAGAGGACUCCAAAAAUGUUUUCAUGUAUCCGUACAGGCUAAAAUCAGCAACAGGAGACUAUCUAACUGCGGAGGACAAUGGUGAAUGGCACGCGCCUCGUGAUUUCAAUUGGCUCGCAACAACUCCGAGUCCGAAUUGGAAAGUGGUUGCGGAAGAAGAAUGGACCGAAGAACAACUUAUUGCUUGA